AUGGAUAAUGAUUCUGGAGGUUUUAGUGGUGUUGUUAAGAUUUUGAAUGUAGACGAUUUCUUAGUUCCUUCUCAGGCGUGUGUAUUACCACUUUCUGGAGAGUCAGAUAUGAAAGUUGGAAUCAAAAUUAAGGGUCAGUCGAAAGUGGCUAAGAAAAAAGUGGUGGUGACAUUGAAUGAUUGUCUUGCUUGCAGUGGUUGUAUCACAAGUGCAGAAACCAUACUUGUUGGGGAACAAUCAGAAGCAAGAUUUCUUGAAGGUUUGAUGAAUUCGGAGUUAAGCGUUUUGACAGUUUCCCCGCAGUCCUUAGCAUCAAUUGCUUAUAAACGUGGUUGUCAAAUAUCAGAAGCAGCAGAACUUGUUGGCAAGAAUUUUAAAAGUCUAGGAGUAAGAUAUGUUGUGGACUCAAGCUUUGGCAGACAGCUCACUUUAUCACUCUCCUAUGAUGAAUUCAAAAAACAGCAUUUAAAAAAGCCAAUCUUGACUGGAGUUUGUCCAGGUUUUGUGUGUUAUGCUGAGAAAACACAUGGUGAAUUACUCAUACCUCAUAUGAGCCGUGUACGAUCACCACAAGCUGUAAUGGGUGCACUUGUAAAGGAUUAUUUAGCAAGAAAGUUUGAUUUGAAACCGGAAAAAAUAUUUCAUACUGCUGUGAUGCCUUGUUUCGAUAAAAAGCUUGAAGCUGCACGGCCGCACCCCUUAAAAUUCCAGUACCGUGAGGUAGAUUGUGUUCUAAGUACAGCUGAAGUGGACAAACUUCUGUCCGAAAAUAGCUCAUUUGACUUCCGUCCUUCAAAUGAAGCCAUCAACUGGUUGAAUGCGAUAGAAAAUGGUUUCGUAAUUAAUACUGAUGGAGGGUCGUCCGGUGGCUACGCUGAAUAUGUUGUGGAAAGAUUCAUCACUGAAUUAAACAAGCCAAAAGUGUGCCACAAGUCAUUUUUGUUAGUAGCUACUGAGCAGUCAAAUAACAGACAUCAUUUCAGAGAGAAGAAUUUGGAAAUUAUAGAUGUGUUCGAUGGCGCAGAAAAGUUGUUAACUGUUGCAAAAUGCUAUGGAUUUCGUAAUAUACAGAAUCAUGUGCAGAAAUUGAAACGUUCCAAGUGUAAUUAUGACUACGUUGAAAUAAUGGCUUGUCCAUCAGGAUGUAUUAAUGGCGUAGGACAAAUUCGCGGUGUUUCUGAAGAAGGAAAAAAACAGAUUCUGACGUUGGUCGAAUCACCGAGUCGUAGCAGCAGCUCGGAGUCACAACAAGAACUGGAAGAACUUAAAAAAGAAUGGUCAAUUUUAAAUCCAGACUGGACUAAUUUGCUUUAUACACAAUAUCAGUCUGUCACAAAUAGUGUCAGGGGUAAUAUAGGUUCAGAUUGGUAA